UGUGCGGCGCCAGCUGAGCGAUCGUGCUCUCAAAUUAGUUGGCAAAUAUCUGCUGGAGUGCACUCCGAUCCGACGUGAAGCAUAAAAUCAUGCCUAUGCAUGCUGCUAUACGCUAUGGUGGACUGGUUGUUGAUUACUGAGGGUAAAUACUGUCAAGUCAAUUUGAAAACCAGAUGAAUGACGGGUAAGAAACCAGUGUGGAUUCUAAGAUGGAGAUGAAGCCAGUGUUAGAAUUGGAUGAGUACCAGCCAAUCAACAACAACCAGAACAUCACAUCCGCUGGAGCCACAGAUGAUGCAGCCAGCAGCAAGUAUGCUGAACGAGACGAUGACAAAGCUCCAUUGGAUGAGUCUCUCCAUUUGACAGCCAUCCAGGCGCAGCGAUGGCGCAGGGCAGCCAUUGGGAUAGCUUGGGCUUCCGUCAUCAGUCUACUCAUACUUGGCAUCGUCAGCUUUGUUCUUUCUGCAAAAACUGAAAGUUCAGCUGCUUUUGGCUUUGGGUUUGGUUGUGUACUUGAUGUGUUCACGUCAGUGGUUGUAAUAUGGAGGUUCUUCGGUACAGUGAAAACACUCUACUCAGAACAGAGGGAACGAAUGGCACUGUUGUUGCUUGCCGGUUUUUUUCUUGUAGCCAGCUUUUCAAUCACAGUACGAGACCUUGUCGAACUUUUGGACCAAACUCGCACAAAAGAUGUUUCGUCUUUGUUUUCGCUAGCAGCCAUCAGUGGAACUUUGUGUAUCAUACUUGCACUGGGCAAGUUUAUUAUUGCCAAGAAAUUGGAGAGUAAAACAGUCAAAAGUGAUGGUUUCAGUUCCCUGGCUGGCUCCAUUACAGCCUACAGUAUUCUAGUGAGCGCUGCAGUCAUUGAGGCACAUCCUAACGUCUGGUACCUAGACAACAUUGUUGGCUUUUGUGUGGCCGUUCUGCUCAUGCUGUAUGGAAUCAUGUUAUUGGUACAGGUAUUGUCCCCCAAAUGCAAUGGCAUUGCCACCAGGUGCUGCUGCUGUUGUACAGCAAACAGUGCCAGCGCCAUCCAGGAGAAAUAAACUGUAAUAGUGCUAACAGAGAAGCUUAUAAAACAAAUCAAAACAAUAUUGUUAAAAUUGAUAAGCUCUGCGUUCGAAUUUCGGUAUUUCCAUGAGUUUCUUCAAAGUACAUGUACUUGUAUGUAACAGGAAAAGAAGUUUAAGGUUGACAAGUUAAUAAACAGUUGGAGAGUUACUUUUUACACUGUUCUAUUUUUACUUACUCAAAACCACUAUGGUAUAAGCAAAUGAUUGUUGGCUGUUGUGAUAUAGUCCAUGGGUCUUGCACGCCUUCGGGGGCAAAUGAAAUGGCACCAGCAGCUUCACCUUGGGUGCCAUUUGCACCCCUGAGAUGUCAUUUUCACCCCUCGGGUGCCAUUUGCACCCCCUCGGGUUCCAUUUGCCAUUUGCACCCCUCGGGUGCCAUUUGCACCCCUCAGGUGCCAUUUGCACCCCUCGGGCGCCAUUUGCACCCCUCGGGCGCCAUUUGCACCCCUCGGGUGCCAUCUGACCCCUCGGGCGCCAUUUGCACCCCUCGGGCAUAAAAUUCCAUGAACUCAAUCACAGUGGUCAAUUGUAUAACAUUAAGAAUCCAGGCGGCACUGUUGUACUUGAGAUACAUGUAUUGUGAACAUAAUAUACAAAUGUAGCAUGGUUUGAGUGUGGGUAGUUGAUAGUAGCUCCCUGAGGUGUUGAAAGUUGACACCUAAUAUUAUACAAAUAUUGACUGCUUUGAGUGGUGUAGUAAAACUAGCCUCCCGAGGUGAUCCAUGAAGCAUUCAAUUUUUCCCAAGGCGAAGCCAAGGGAAAAUAGAAUGCUCCCUCCAUCACUGAGGGAGGCUAGUUUGACUACACCACGAGAUAGAGCAGUCGAUAUUUGUUUUAUAACACCUUUCCCACAGAUUCUGCUUGAUUUUAUGUGAGAACUGAAUAAUUUAAUCCAAAUACAAUUAAAAUUUACUUCAAAUUGAAUACUAGAACAGGUAAAAGUUUACUUGCACUUUUCCAAACUACCCCUUUAAGCAGUGUUUGAACCCAGCUCUGUAGUGCUACCGCGCACUUGGGACUUUAUGCGCGCAACGCGCACCCGUAAAUGCUUUUGCACACAAAACCAUAAAUGCAUUUGCACACAAAACCGGUUGAGAUAGUAUUUACUUUGAUUGAUAGUUUGAUACGGGUAUAGUACUUUAGUUGCUACGGGUAUGGUACUUUUUGCCAUGCAGAGCAAUAGCAAAUAUAGCGAAUGCCAUGUGACUCGCUUUCAGCCAAUCAUGGAGCUACAGACACAGUUUUAUAGCUCCAUGGGCCAAUCAAAAUACAGAAUCUGUGGGUGAGUUCUUAUAAAUUGAAAUAUGUGCCCAAAAUAAAGCAUGUUUGUUUUACUAUAUACCUCGUACAUAUUCACCAACAUUUGGAGUUACAUAUUAGUUAUCUCGGCAAAACGUUGGGUGUGUGUGCCACCAUCUUUUUAUGUAGCUAGGGCGAUGUUCAGGCUACCCCUGCAUACUAUCCACUGCUAUGUAAAGCGCACCUGUAGUAGACUAGCUCACUGGUAACCAGUGCGAAAGUCUACUAUGCAUGCGUAUACAGUGCAUGAAUCCUGGCCUGCGUGCUUGGUAAACAGCAAAAGUGGCAGCUGACACGUGAUGGCAAACAGACCAGUGCGAAUUCCCGCGCUCAAUCAUGAAUAUGUAUGAGGUAUAUGGUAAUCAAACUUUACCCAUUGUGAAACUACAGACAAUUUUCAUGAAGCAUGGAUCAAUGCAAUCUCUUAUUUAAAGAAAAAAAAGGCAGACAAGUGACUGUUUGCAGUGAAGGCUAAUUAAAGUUACAUUGUCCACUUUUAGUGUUAUAGAGAGGUUUUCAUAUUAUAAAUAUGGAUUUAUCGACAUCUGUCUCACUGAUAUUAACAUAUUAAUUUGAUCGAUGUAAGAUGGCGGAUUGGCAACAGCAACCAAAACGUAUUUUGGAAAAUCAAUUUCAUAUCAAGAUUUUCAAUGUAUCGCAUGCAGCCCGGAAGAGAGAUAUUACAAUGGAAAAUAUACAAGCAUUCUUGCAUUUAAAAUUGAUAUUCGCAUCUCCAGACAGAUUUCCUGCAUUUUCACAUUCACGGCAAUCAAUUUUUAAUUUGUAAGUAUACUUAAUUGCCUCAAUGCCAGUAAUUAAAACUGUCAUAUCCCUACUAUGCUGAAAAUGUCAUUCAUUUGAUUUCUCUGAGUUCCUGCUAAUGAGUAGGAUAAGACAGUAUUUUAAAUAAUAAUAAUAAUAAUAAAACACUUACUUUUAUUAAGUGGUCCACAACUAUUAUUUAAUUUUCACUAUUUAUAUGAUGUAAUGAUUUAUUUUUUUUACAUUUUUUUGUUUGUUUGUUUUGGCACAUCUAAUGAGAUGCUAGUUUAACUUUGGGUUUUGUCCUUCACUGAAGUAUUUUUCAUGUACUCAGUGUUGUCCAGUGACAACAAGCUGGAUCGGAAAUAUCUCGGAAGCUGUGGGCCAACAAAUUCGUGUUCAUGCAUGAGUCAAGUGAUUGUGCCAUGUAAUUUCUGGAAGGAGUAGUGCUAAUUGAGUAAAACAAAAUCAGGUUUUUUACCCCAGUGACUCCAUGAUGACCUUUGACCCCAGUUUUGCCAUGUGGCAUGCUGGGGCUGGGCUAUUGAUACUUUUGAGAAAGUUUGGUUAAAAUCGGUCAAAAUAAUUAGGAGCAAUAGACAAUGUCAACGUUUGUUACUAACGGAAUAACAUAGAGACACGAUGAUUUGUUUAGCUGCUAUCCCGAAGCUAAUAAAAAAAUCACAAGCUUACUUGAGGUGGACUCGAACCUAUGACCUUCUGAUUACUAGAGCAGAUGUCGGUGAAGGGCAAAACCCAAUGGUUUUUUUUUUCAUUUUGUGCUAUGUUCACCGAUUUAUAUCAUUAACAUUAACACUGACGUCCAUGUUGAAACUUACUAAUUUAUUACUUAUCAAGCUCAUAUUUUGGUGUGAUGUCUCUUUGGAAAAGUAAUAACUUAGUAACUUGUAAUUUUAACAACCAUCUAAGUAGCAACUGAAUAUAAAAAACAGUAUUUAUUUUUCAGGGUGUCUCACGGAUAAAGCAACGAACACAACUUAUUACAAUAUUUUACUUCUAAAUCAAUUUUUUUGUUUAAUUUGUCCUAAACUAAUUGUCAAAAUGUAGUUUUGUAAACUAUUCAAAAAAGAAUUACAAUGUUAUGUUACCAAUGUGAUGUCCAUAUUAUAUUUACUAUUUAAAACUAUAGUUUUGUGAAUAUUCAAAGCCAUGUUAUAUGAAUUACAUUUGUAAUACCUUAAAAUUAUUUUAUUUGA